AUGUUUCAAUUUCUCCUCCUCCUCGUUCUCUCAAUCUCAACCAUUUCUGCAUCAAAAAAUGCAACUUCCAUCUACGAGGUUCUCCACAACCACGGUCUUCCCAUGGGUAUUUUCCCAAAGGGUGUCACCCAAUUCAACGUUGGUGAAGAUGGAAAAUUCUGGGUGCAUUUAGAUCAAGCUUGUAACGCUAAAUUCGAGAACGAGUUGCAUUAUGAUCGAAACGUAUCUGGGUCGUUGAGUUACGGGAAGAUUGAUGGGUUGACAGGGUUGGAAGCUCAAGAUCUUUUUCUUUGGUUGGCUGUUAAGAGUAUUCGUGUUGAUGUUCCUAGCUCUGGUUUGAUUUACUUUGAUGUUGGUGCGGCUUAUAAGCAAUUCUCGUUGUCUUUGUUUGAAACCCCGCCUGAAUGUGUUGCUGUUCGUGAUCAUUCCGAGGGUCGAUUAGGAAGGCUCCGCUAUAAACUUGAUCAAGGAACUUUGGGAAGAGAUGUUCUAUAG